GAGGUUAUUGAAUGGAAUACAAGAACAAGACAUAUUGGAUUGCAUAUUGUAAAAAAUUUAAAACCAUAUGCGCAUUAAAACAACAGUGCUUAUGUUAAAAGAAAAAUGUUAUUAAAUAUUAACUUGAAUGUCUAUAAAUGCAACGUUUGAAGUGCAAGAUAAUAGAGUCUGUUAUUAAAAAAUUAACCUAGGAAAAUGGUAUCCGAAACUGUAAAUGCGAAAAUUAACAAUAAUGCAACAAAGAACUCAUUAAAGGAGACUGAUGUAAUUACUAAGAAAGAUGUAGAUGUCAGUAAGAAAGAUGCUACUAUUGGCCUUCGAGUACCUGGAUCUAACUGGCAAAGAUUUAAGAAUUUGAUAGCAGAAACAUCAACAAAUGAGCAGUCUUCAAACAAUUCAGAAUUCAAAAAGAAAAUAUCAAUGAAGAAGAAACACUACUAUAAGCAUAGUCGAAAAAAUGCAGAACAUACCUGUAUCAGUAAUGUUAAUCAGAUAGCGAAUACAAAAGAACCUGAAAAAAAUGUUCAGCCUCAGAAUUUAUUGACAAGAGCAGUUGCCUUAGACUGUGAAAUGGUAGGAAUAGGAGAUGGAACUGACAGUAUGCUUGCUCGUGUGUCAAUUGUGAACCGAAAUGGGAUAUGCAUUUAUGACAAAUAUGUUAAACCAACUGAAGAGAUUGUAGACUAUAGAACUCCUGUUAGUGGCAUAAGACCACAUCAUCUGACAAAUGGUGAAGACUUCAAAAAAAUUCAAAAGGAGGUAUCAGAAAUUCUUAAAGGGCGCAUACUUGUUGGACAUGGUCUUCAUAAUGAUUUAUCAGUCUUAUUUCUGACUCAUCCUAAGCGAUCCCAAAGAGAUACGUCAAGGUACAAACUGUUCCGUAAGAUUACAUUAGGAAACACUCCUAGUUUAAAAAAACUAGCAUCUGAAUUGCUAGGCGUAGAUGUACAAUCAGGAGAACACAAUUCUAUUGAGGAUGCACGAACAGCCAUGCAGAUAUAUCAACUGUUCAGAAAAAAAUGGGAAAAUGAAAUAAGAAAAAAAUAACCUUAGCCUUGACAACAAAUUUAUUUUAAACUAAUUUGUAAGAAUGUGUGCAUAUGUACAUUAUUAAAACGUAUUUUUAUAUAGUUCAGUACUUGUAUUAAUUAAUUUUAAUUCAGACAAAUAGGCUUUAUAUUUUUAUUUGUCCUUGUUACGUGAUGCACAAAUGCUUGAAAUUAUUUCAAAUUUAUAUUUGAAAUUUGGAUUGCAUUUCAUUAAAAUUCAGAUCAUCUUUAAAUUCUUC